UGUUGAUGACGUAGUCAGGAACUGCGCUCAAACAGCUGUGUUUUGUUGUUGUGUUGUUGUGAGCGUCCUCAAGUUAUGAACUGAACACUGGAGAUAACUUCCUCGGCUCGGAAGGGGCCUGUGCCGUAGGAGAAGCUCAGUCCUCGACACUGAACAGUUCUGCAGUUUCAACAUUCGGGUUUGACUGAUGUUGACCUCUCAUCAAGGACAAAUACACAGCUUGUGUGUGUGUGUAUGUGUGUGUGACGCUGCCAGGGAGCACGUACAAGUCAGAGACAAAACAGUUCCACAAAAUGAUGCCUGUCCACGCUGCCUGCGCCUUGUUGAGCCUCGCACCCCUGUUGGUGCUCAGCGUUCCCCCGAUUUGGACUCAGCCAGAGCAGGUGCACCUCUCCUAUCCAGGAGUGCCAGGUUCCAUGGUAGUGACCUGGACCACCUUCAAUAAGACGGAGAGCAACGUGGAGUACGGCCUUCUGGGGGGUCGGCUCUUCGAGGUGACCGCCGGAGGCAACGACACUCUGUUUGUGGACUCGGGAGAAGAGAAGAGAAAGAUGUUCAUCCACAGAGUCACUCUCACAGGCCUCAAGCCUGCUGCUACCUAUGUGUACCACUGUGGCAGUGAUGAGGGCUGGAGUGAUGUGUUUUCCUUCACUGCUCUGAAUGACAGCGCUAGUUUCAGUCCCAGGUUUGCUCUGUACGGGGACCUGGGCAACGAGAACCCUCAGUCUCUGGCUCGCCUACAAAAGGAGACGCAGCUUGGCAUGUACGACGUCAUCCUGCACAUAGGGGACUUUGCCUAUGACAUGCAUGAGGACAACGCCAGGAUUGGGGAUGAGUUCAUGAGGCAGAUCCAGUCCAUAGCAGCCUAUGUGCCCUACAUGACCUGUCCAGGCAACCACGAAGCUCCAUACAACUUCUCCAACUACAGGAAUCGCUUCAGUAUGCCCGGCCAGACUGAGAGCCUGUGGUACAGCUGGAACCUGGGGUCGGCGCACAUCAUCUCCUUCUCCACCGAAGUUUAUUUUUAUCUCGAAUUCGGCCUGGAGCUCCUCUUCAAGCAGUACGAGUGGCUGAAGAAAGACCUGGAGGAGGCCAACAAACCAGAAAACCGAGCAGUGCGUCCAUGGAUCAUCACCAUGGGACACAGACCCAUGUACUGCUCUGACGAUGACCAGGAUGACUGUACCACGUUCGACUCCUAUGUCCGACUGGGACGGAAUGACACCAAACCGCCAGCUCCCGGUCUAGAGGAUCUAUUUUACAUCUAUGGAGUGGAUCUGGAGCUGUGGGCACAUGAGCACACGUAUGAGAGGCUGUGGCCUGUCUAUGGAGACAAGGUGUUCAAUGGUAGCAAAGAGCAGCCAUAUGUGAACCCAAAAGCUCCAGUUCACAUUAUCACCGGCUCUGCUGGCUGCAGAGAGAAGACCGACAGGUUCAAUCUGAACCCCAAAGAGUGGAGUGCUCUCCGCAGCACAGACUACGGCUACACCCGCAUGCAAGUGGUCAACACUACCCACGUUUACCUGGAGCAGGUCUCUGAUGACCAGUAUGGUAAGGUGAUUGACAGCAUAUGGGUGGUGAAGGAAAAGCACGGCUUCUCUGCCUGGUUCUGAAGACUGCGAUCCUAACAGUAAACUACUCUACUCAGGGACAUUCUCUUCAAACAAGCACUUAAAUUGUUUUGCUGCGCCGCAACAAUGAUGCAAUGAUGAUAAAAACCAGCAAAUUUCCCCUCCAUUCCUGAAUCUUUGUUUUAAACAGGACAAAGAACUAUUUCCGUAUGUAAUAAUCAUCAACUGUAAAUGUAUAUAAUGCAGAUGCAGGUGUUAUUUUUAAAUUUAAUAAAUUGUGUAUUUUUUUUAAAGCA